AUGGCGCCGCCACCCUCGGCACAGCUGCUCCUGCGGUCUCACCGCGACCUCCUCCUGGACUGGCUGAGCCCCAACCCUUCCCCCCUGCUGCGCUGGCUGUGCGACGACGGGGUCCUCUCCCGCGCCCAGUACCUCUCCAUGCUGGAACGCCAGCCGGCGAACGCCACGGCCGCCACGCUGGAGCUGGUGUGCGGGAGCGAGGCUGCCAGCCUGGACUUCCUCAGGGUGCUGGAGAAGGUGCAGGACUACUACUGUCCACAGCUGCAGGCCUGGUUGCUGCACAACUGCCCACAGCAGCAGAAGCAGCAGCAGCCAGCUGGUCGCAGUAAAGGCACGGACGCAACGGCUCCUAUCGCAGGGGAGGCAGAGAAAAGAAAAUCGAAAAACCCUCUUUCAAAGCUGUUCAGGGGCAAAUCUAAGGAGUUUGCUGUAACCCAGGACAAGGGGGAUCAUAAGACACAUUCACUUCGAAUUGUGAAGUCUCCAAAUCUAAGAGUCCCUAUCAGCACUCACAAAAACACCCUUCUGAGUCAGACAGAACGAAUGAUAUGCUACUCCGAAGCAGCAGGGGGUGAUGUCUCCAACUCCCGUUCCCACAUCGAGGUUCGCUACACGGAUCUAUUCGUAACUGAGGACGACGAGUCCAUGGAGAGCAGCCAGCACGAAUACUUCAACGCCAUGACCCGCAGGGCGCGCAUCUAUGCCCACCAGCACUGCCAUCAAAUCCGCCCUCAACACCUGCUUGCAGCACAGGAAGUCUCGAAGCGCCCUCCAAAACGCAUCAAGGUCAAAGGGAUUGCCGGGAUUGGGAAGAGUGUAGCGGUGCAGCGAUUGAUGUAUGAAUGGGCGCUGGGAAAGAACCUGAGGGAGUUCACGUGUGUCUUUGGGCUUCGGUUCCGAGAGCUGAACCUGAUAGACGCCCCUCUGAGCCUACUGGAGCUCCUUGGAACCAGGUUCCAGUACCUGCGAGAUGUUCUGCCAGAGCUCCUGGAGUCGUCUGGGUCUCUGCUGUUCAUUCUAGACGGUUUAGAUGAGUUUAAACAUCAGCUAAACUGGACUGCCGUGGACAAGGAUAUUGGCAUUAACACUAAGGUGCCUGUGUCAGAGCUGAUGGUUUCAUUGAUCAAGGGGAGCCUCUUGCCCGAAUCUUCUGUCAUUCUGACAACCAGGCCUUCCGCUGAGGCUCCCAAAAGGUUCUUCCAACGUUGCUGUGUGGUUCUGGGUUUCGAGGAGAAACAGGUGAAAGAGUACGCCAGCAAGUUCUACUCUGAUCCGCAGGUCGCCGAGAAGGUCUACAACUACAUUGCCAUGAACGACAGCCUCUUUGUCCUGUCCUUUAUCCCACUCUACUGCUACAUCAUCUGCACCGCGCUGUCCGAGUUCUUCUCGGCAAACGGGCAGGAGGAGGGUGCCAACGGCCGUUCCCUGGAGGUCGACCCUCCCAGGACUGUCAGUGAGGUGUACAGCUGCUACCUGCUCACGGCCAUAAAACACCACGCUCUGAAGGGCAAAGCCAACCGCAGCACGCCCAAAUCGGAGGUCCUCUCUCUGGCCAAAGGGCAGUUGAGUGCCCUGGGGAGGUUAGCCUACGAGAAUCUCCUCAAGGGAAACAUCCUGUUUGACCAGAAGGACCUGGAGAAGUUUGGACUUCAUCCUCAGGACAUAAACAGCACGUUCCUCUGUCAGGUGCUCGUGGUCAUCGAGGAGGAGAAAACAGAAAUGUUCUCCUUUUUUCACCUGACUGUGCAAGAAUACCUUGCUGCCCUGUACUGUGCGACAAACCUCUCCAAUCAAGAUGACAUCCUUAAGGCUCUGGACUUCUGGUGCUUUGGUGAUCUUCCCAGUCCUUCCAGCUAUCCACCUCUUAUCAGCCACGAUCAACAGCUCGACCACCACAUGUACACUGAUAAAGACAAAAAGCUUGAGAAGUCUCUACAGAUGUUCACACGCUUCUUCAUGGGAGUUAUUCGCACAAGACUGGAGGGACAGCUUCAAGGGCUUAUCCAUGACCCCAUUCUUCAGGGUGGUCAAGGUAAUGGUCAGGGUCAGGAGGACUUUCCUGUUCAGCUGGGCCUGUGGUUCCGGGAGCAGUUCAGAGGCAGGAAGAUGUCCAACGAGAUUGCCCUGAACUUGCUCCACUGUCUGAUGGAGCUGCACAUGCAGGAGGCCACCACAAGGGCGGCGCCAGAGAUCAAGAGACUGUACCUGUUCAAAAUGAAGCUGAGUGUGGUGGACUGUGCCGCCAUGCACUACGUCUUGCAGUUUUCACCUCACACCUUGGAUGAGCUGAAUUUGGGAUACUCGAACAUUGGCAACAGAGGGCUGAAUCGUCUGAAACCAAUUCUUCAUCGUUGCGAAUCUCUUUACCUACGAUACAACUGCUUGGACAAGAAUGCUGCUGUCCUUGAGUCCGACAUUUUGAAGUCCAAAGACUGUCAGGUGAAGAAGCUCUACAUGUGUGGAAACAACCUUGGUCCAGAUGGUGUGUUGGAGCUGUGGUCAGCGCUGGAACAGAACUCCACCAUAGAGGAGCUGUACCUGGAUAUCACAGGCAUCACUGAGAGGGGCACAGAGAACAUCGUCAACUCCCUCAGCAAGAACACCACCCUCACAACUCUUACGAUUGUGGGUAACGACAUCGGUGUGACGGGGCGUGCGCGAAUCCAGGAGCUGGAGCGCCGUCGGCCCGGUCUGCGGAUCAUCGGCAACUUCGUGGACGACCUGGGCCUGCUGCAGGCCUACCUGGACUGGGUGCAGGAGAUCCAGCACGAUCCGGACCAGAUGAACUCGGUGAGGAACGCGGACGCCCUGCAAUCGGUGCUGAAGGGGCUGCAGGUGGCCCGAACGGACGGCCACGGGGAGAACGCCAGCAAGGCCAGAGAACUGGAGGCUCAGAUAACACAGCUGCUGCAAGCUAACGGCUAACGGCUAACUGCUUUGCAAUAAACACUAUUAGCAGAGAUUCUAGGAGAAUUAUCUCAUCCACUCUGUCUUCUAUUAGUGCUGUAAAUGUAAAAAUAUAUGCAUAACAAUGUCGUAAAUGUAAAAAAAAAUUAUGCAUAACAAUGUAAUUUAUCUUGUGAACACACUCUUUUAUUUUAAAAAUAAUUUUCCAGCAUAUUGUAGCUGAUGAACUUGUAGAAGAAUGUAGAACUGUAGGCUCAGAUAACUCAGCUCAGCUAUCAACUCAGCCAGACCAACUGAUACCAGAGAUGAUCUAUAUGCAGAAUAUUAGAAUAGAGAAUCUUUGCUGAUACCUAGCACAG